CGACGCUAGCAUUUCAGUGUCCGUAAAUUUUAAGAUUAAUUUUCAAUUGCAGAGAAAAGUAAUUCGUGAGAUUUGUUUGUGGAUUUUUACAAUCCAGUUCUCAGUCUUUUUCUUUUCUUUUCAUGUGUUUCACUCAACCUACGAAAUACACAAAUAGAAAUUUCCAAAUUCUAUCGAAUAGAUCGGAGCGUUGAUGAAAGUCAAUGGAUUAAAAUUAAACAACGUUUAGUCGUAACUACCAGCAGUUUUGGAAUAGAUAGUAAAUUAGAAAGUAAAGCGCGUGGAAAGUAAAUCAAUCGCGUGAAAAUGUGAAGUUUAUUAUAUUUUUAAUUUUCGAUAUUGUCAUUGCGAAUCGUCCACGUCACGUAGAAACGUUAAGAGAUUUAAAGGUGGUUCGCAAAGCAGAACGUUCGCACAACAUUGCUCACUGUUCUAUAUGUUCGUUGUCCGUGAUUGUAUUUGGACGUUUUCAUCGACUGUUCGACAAAUUAAUCGAACAAAAACAUGGAUUAUUACGAAAUAUUGCUUUAUCUAACAACAAUUGACAAAACUGAAGAUGGACUAAUUAAUGAUUUCAACGAAAGACUGCAACAAAUUUUACAAAAAGUACAAACAAGUGAUUCGAUGAAAAAUAAUGGAAAAUUCGAGAUCGAUACUGUCGAUAGCAAAAACGAACUCAACGAUGUCAGGUAUCGAUACUUACGUACGAUUGUACACGUUCUACGAAAUAUAAAGACGAAUAAUUCCGCGAACGACGAACCUUUACACAGCGUUCAGCAAUUUCGUACUUUAAAAAGUUCCGUAGAAUUAAUAACCGCGAUAGGGAUUACAUCCUGUCUUUUACCUGGUGUUGGAGUCGACAUGGCUAAAACAUGUCCGAAAGCUCUGUCGAUCUGCAAGGAAGAGCCAACAGAUUUACAGAAAUACGAGAGAUUGAAAUUUACAGUUAAUUCGCUUGCACAGUUGUACAACGAUGAAAUUACAUAUCGUCCUGCGAUACUUACUCAAAUCGGACCAUUACUGGCUGCACUUUUGCAAUUAUGCCACGCCCCAUUGACGAAACCAUCCACCAAACAGGCUACAUCGAUUCGAGAAGGAAAUGCCAAUAAUAAAGAUAAAUUUACAAUGACGGCAGAUUUAUACGACGAAUUAAAAAGAGACCAAGAACACUUUGCGUGUCUGUUUCGCAAGUUGUCGAGUAAAUGCCCUUCCUCUACAUGCGUCAAAGAAUUGAUGGUAAUCCUUGGUAUUGCAGAAGCACCGAAAUGGCUUCGACGCGAAACUCGUAAAUAUUUGAUAGAGCAACUUGUGCAACCCAAUGGAAUUGCGUCGAUCGUAGACGUUGUCUGCGAAGAUGUAUUGGAUCUCGGGGAACAUUGGAACAAAUUGGACAUUAUCACCCGAUUAACAGUUGCCUCGCAUGGAACCAAUACCGACCAAUAUUACAAAUCCAUAUGCUCGCAAUUACUAAGUCUUUUGACGUCGACACAGACGAAGCAUUCGACCGUAGCAAAUUGCUGCAUCGCCGCACUUUACGAAUACAACUCGAACGUUUGUUACGAAAACAUCGUGGCGGUGAUGUGCCAUCCGUUACUAGUAAAUCCAGAAAAUCAAGAACAAAAAGUAACAAAGAAAAGCGAGGAAGAAGUGGAAAGAUGCAUCGAAAGAUUGACGAGAUGUUUCGUCGUCACGGAGGAGGAGGCCUCGUCCAAACGAUUGCCUCUUCAACUCUUAACGAACGUAGCUGUCCCUCUGUUUUCACUAUACAACGACGUAAGACAAAGCGCUUGCGCGUUGAAAAGUAAACUCAAGCAACUCGUGCUACUUCUUUUGCGCGAAGAAUCAACGAGAAACGAUCUUUUCGGUGUAUUUCUUGGGCAUGAUUUAACAAAUAAUUUUGGAAACCGUUUGGAGGCGAAGCUCGGGCCAACAGGUGGGAUCGAAAUUGUCGGAAUGGACGAGCCGUGCAAAUACGAACAGCUCGCAGACACUUUAUUCGAUCUGACAUUUACCACGGACGUGCUGUCAACCGAAUUAUUUUCCUAUCUAUCAAAGUAUCUGUCAAAUUCUAUGAAACUAGAUCGAAAGGAAGUUCAAGGCGCGUUAGAAACCGAGAAGAACGACACAUUGGAAAAGAUGGAAGAGAAAUUAGCAGCUGUAAAACUUUUGUCGAAUCUAGCCAAUAUAUCAGCUGUGCGAGAGGCACAAAUCGAAGAUCCUAAGUCGUUGAUGUAUCUCGUAAGAUCGUUGUUCGAUCGGUACAUCGGAGCAAGACUCCAGACUCGCGAGAGAGAUUCAUCCACGGAAGAGGAUGACUGCGAGAUCUUGUACGUUGGCUUGAUGUUGAUGAAAAUGAUUUUAAGCGAAAGAGAGAAACCUUUGGAUUGGACAGUGUUCAGCGAUUUUGUAAAAUUCUUGAAAGAACGUUGCCGUUCAAACAUCUCGUCUCAAUUGUUGUCGCUGACACGGGAAUUGACAGAGCUAAUCGAAACUCGAGGUAAAUCGGAACGAAAACGAUAUCAGGACUUAUCGGUUAAUCGUAAAGCGUCGAACAAAUUCGAGGAAGCACUCGCAGAUCUUGCAGAUCCGUUGCUACCUGUACGUGCCCAUGGACUCGUAGUUCUUACCAAACUAAUUGAAAAUAUGGAUCCACGUGCUAUUGCUAGGAAAACGGUCCUUCUACAAUUGUUCAACGUUGGUGGAAAAGACGAAAAUUUGAAACACGAAGAUUCAUUUAUAUAUUUGGCAGCGAUUAACGGAUUGUGUGCUUUGGCUACUUUGUAUCCACGAGUAGUCGUUGAAACAUUAGCAAAGGAAUAUAUCGACAUGCCACGACGCAGCUGUUCAACGGAACAAAUAACUACGGAAACGAGAGUUAAGUUGGGAGAAGUACUUGUCAAACUGACGAGAAAUUUAGGCGAAAUGGCACCAGCUUAUAAAAACAUCUUGAUAAAUGGAUUCCUAUGCGCUGCGCGAGAUACAGAUUCUUUAGUACGUGCUUCCAGUCUUUCUUGCUUGGGUGAACUGUGCAAAGUAUUAGGUUUUCGUUUGGGCGAUAUCGUCAUCGAGAUAAUCUAUUGCAUCAGCUGUAUCAUAAAAACGGACAGAGCUGCUGAAUGUCGACGAGCUGCAGUUAUGGUUGGCACUUUAUUGUUCCGUGGUCUUGGGAAAAGUACAUUAACAAGCCUGGGUAGAGAUCUGGUCGACUUGUAUCGUGGUCUCAAAUACUUGCGAGACAACGACGAGGAUCUAGCGUUACGUUUACACGCUCAAUUAGCUCUGGAAGAACUGGACUCUAUAGUGCAAGAUUUUCUCCUUUCGUCUUCGAAACUUGAAAAAAGAAUUAUCCUUUAGUUUCGCGGUUUGUAAUUCGUAUUUUUGCAAAUAGUUUCACAUCGAGAAAUUUUACGACUUGGAACGCAACGUAGAACUUUGACGAUCUCGAAUAAAAACGACGAUACAAUCGAGUUUGAUUCAACGUUUUGUUUCUGUUAGAAGAUAUAUAUUACAAUUUUAUACAUUUUUAUGUACACACUUUUCAUCGACGAACCAUUACGAAUUUCUUCUUUUUCUCGCGAAAACGAGAUUAAAAACAUUACCAAACUGUCUGUGUAUUAGACGCGUAGGUAGACUGCUCUGUCUUGUAGUCUUUUAGGUGUAAGGGUGUAAGGGUGUAAUAAAUACCACUCUGGUGAGUAUACUUUGUCGACAAAAGAAUAUCGGAAUAGGCACGGACCAACGUACAAAACGUUUAUUUCA